ACAUCAUCAUAUAUCAUAUGGCCAUGAUCAGUUAAGCAAAUUACGUCACUGCACAUUUUCGUGCGGUUAUUAAACAUUUCUAAUUGCAGAGGAGAAUUUUCCGGGAAACUAAGGCAUUGUCAUGAUCGACACGUUUCUUAAUUGCACAUUUUGAGGUGCGAAGAGUCAGUGGAGAGUAAUUCUAGAGACGCACAAAUAAUCCCAAUCGUGUUCUGUUAUGAGUGAUUUCAAACCCCGCUUCUUGAAACCGUCAGACAACUCGAGCUUCCUAGAUCGAAACGACGCCACUUUUGUGGAAUCGACGGCUUUCAUCUACAAUCGACAUCUAUCGCAGUCGAUACAGACCCAAAGGCAACGUCUGCCGAUAUUCAACAACCGCAAUCACAUCCUGUACCUACUUGAGAAGUACCAGACGUUGGUGCUCGUCGGCGAGACCGGAUGCGGUAAAAGCACGCAAAUUCCUCAGUAUCUAAUCGAGGCGCAAUGGCCCGCCCAGAUCGGUAUAUGCGAACCUCGCAGGGUGGCGGCGCUGUCGCUCGCGGGCAGAGUCGCCGACGAGACCGGAAGCCUGGUGCAGAGCGAGACGGUGGGCUACGCAGUUCGUUUCGACGCCUGCACAAACAAACCCAAGAUUAAGUACAUGACCGAGGGCAUACUGAUAAGGGAGAUGAUGAGCGAUCCGCUGCUCAAAGAUUACUCGGUGAUCAUGCUCGAUGAGAUCCACGAGCGUACCCUCUACACCGAUAUCUUGAUGGGCCUCAUGAAGAAAAUACUCAAGAGACGCCGAGAGUUACGAUUAAUAGUCGCGUCGGCGACGAUGGACGCCAAAGAAUUGCAGGCGUACUUCAAUAACACGUCCGGCGACCGCAAGAGGGACUCCGCCGUAAUCCUCAGCGUGCACGGGCGACAGUUUCCCGUGACGACCUACUUCGUGAAAGAGCCGAUUCCGUGUUACGUUCAGGGCACGGUCGACAUAGUCCUAAAGAUAAACUCCUCGAAGCAGGCCGGAGAUGUGCUCGCCUUUCUCACCGGGCAGGAGGAGGUCGAUCGGACGGUUAGGUUACUUAGAGAGCACGCGAAUACGAUCGAGGCGGCGGGGAAGAAGGAGAAGUUCGUGGUUUAUCCAAUGUACGGCUCGCUUCCUUACCACGAGCAGAUGAACGUCUUCAAGAGGGCACCCGACGGGUUUAGGAAGGUUAUAAUCGCGACGAAUGUGGCUGAAACUUCGGUUACGAUUCCCAACAUUGUACAUGUCAUCGAUUGCGGUUUCGUUAAGAUGAAGUGGUUCAACGGCCAAACGCACACCGACAGUCUAAUGAUAAUGCCGGUAAGUAAGGCAUCCGCACAACAGCGAGCCGGUCGUGCGGGGCGAGUCAAACCUGGACACUGCUACAGGUUAUACACUGAAGAGGACUACUUGAAGCUUCCCGAUGUGACGCCGCCCGAAAUAAUUCGCAGCAACUUAACGUACGUCAUACUCCAGCUAAAGGCGCUAGGCAUCGACAAUAUUUUAAAAUUCAAGUUCCCGAAUCCACCACCGAUCGAAAACAUCAAGAGCGCUUUGGAACUCUUAUACGCGCUCGACGCGAUCGACAUCGACGGCGAGCUGACGAAACCGCUCGGCUUUAACAUGGCCGAGUUCGCUGUCGAUCCCCUCUACACGAAGAUUCUACUUUCCUCAGGCGACUUCGGCUGCUCCGAGGAGAUACUCACGAUAAUUUCGAUGCUUCAAGUCGAGACGAUCUACGCGAAACCGUCGACGGGAAACUCCUCGGUGAAGGCGCGCAUACAGAAGCGGCACUUCGAGGUGGCCGAGGGCGACCUGAUCACCUACCUCAAUGUGUUCCUCGCGUUCGCGAAGAGCGGCUACGGAAACGAUUUCUGUCACCGCAACUACGUCAAUUAUAAGUCGAUGAAGAGGGUGGUGGAGAUUCGCGAGCGGCUGGGGAAGAUGAUGAGGAAUUAUGGUGUGCCGUUAAUUUCGUGCGAAGGUGAUACGGAAACCGUCUCGAAAUGCCUGGUAGUUGGAUUAUUCCCGAACGCCGCCUACCUGCACUACUCGGGCGUGUAUAAGACAGUACGUGGCGAUAUCGAGUUACACGUUCAUCCAGACAGUGUUUUGUAUACUAUUGCGCAACCUCAAUGGGUCGUAUUUUGUGAAGUAAUGCACACCACGAAGCUAUUCAUGCGAGAUCUACUGGUGAUAAAGGACCAAUGGCUGCUCGAGCUGGCGCCACACUUCUACCACAGAACGACAGUGAAGGAGUGCUGAUACUUCUAUAGCGAUUAACUUUCUUUUUCACGCAUUCCUGACUUUAUUGUCAUAUUUACGUUAAUAAACAAUAAAAGUUUGCAUCUUUU